GAUGCUGAAGCCCACGAGGACCUUCCAUGGACGUACAACUACUGUACGGUUGAUGUUACCGUAUUUCAGCAUAUUCUCGUCGAUCAGAAUGAAACGCGAAUGAUGAACGCCAUGGUGGAGUUGGAACCAGUUGUUUGGAACUUUACGCUCAAAUUAGACAACGGCACGCGAGCUAAUGAGACAUCCGCAGGAUAUCCAGCCGAUGACUAUUAUAAUAUUGUUCACGUCACGGAAACCAAAAUCCUUCCUGCAUUUAUUGGAUUUCUGUGCUCCACCGGGCUUGUUGGAAAUGUUCUUGUUUUGUUCACUAUUUUAAGGUCAGCCAAAAAAACAGUACCAGAUGUAUAUAUGGGAAACUUGGCUGUGGCCGACCUGGUCCACGUGACCGUCAUGCCGUUCCUCAUUCACCAGUGGGCUCGUGGGGGACACUGGGUGUUCGGCAGCACCCUCUGCACGAUCAUCACCUCUCUUGAUAACUGCAACCAGGUGGCGUGCGCUGCAGUCAUGACCGCUAUGAGUCUUGACAGAUACCUGGCCCUUGUUCAUCCUUUUCGCCUGUUGAGUCUCAGGACCAGAUCCAGGACGAUCCGUAUUAACUUGUUUGUGUGGGCGGCUUCCUUCAUCAUGGUUCUGCCAGCCUGGGUUCAUGCCAAAGUGAUCCGCUUCAGAGACGGGCUGGAGAGCUGUUCCCUUGACCUGGUCUCUCAUAAAGAGUUGCUCUGGUACACACUCUACCAGACUGUGACUUCCUUCUUCCUGCCAUUACCUCUGAUUCUCAUCUGCUACAUACUGAUUCUCUGCUACUCCUGGAGAAUGUAUCGCAAGAACAAAAAGGCUCACAGGUAUAACACCAGCCUGCCUCGGGAGCGUGUGGUCCGCCUCACUAAAAUGGUCCUGGUUCUGGUAGCGAUGUUCCUGGUCAGUGUUGGGCCGUACCACAUCUUGCAGCUGGUUAACCUGAGCGUACCUCGGCCCUCUUUAGUGUACCACACCUGCUACUACAUGUCCGUGUGCCUGAGCUACGCCGCCAGCAGCAUAAACCCCUUCAUCUACAUUCUGCUGAGCGGACACUUCCGCCACAGGCUGGUCAGUCGGGAUACACCCAGCAUGCCAAGUGUGGAACGGGAGAUCCAGGCCCCCCGCUCCAGUUUUUAAGCUGAAUUCACACUGAAACACAAGUAGCACUGUAAACGGGUGAAGCCUUUGUUGGUUUUAUGGACAGCACGUUGGGGAAACAUUUCUAUUUGUUUUCUUUUCUUAAAUUGUAAUUGUUGGGACUGGAAGGAUUUCAUAUAGGAGGCAUGGGGUGUUUGAUAUG